UAGUAACUCUCCUCCGUUUCCGUCGCCGCCGCGCCCUGCUUCUGCCGACGUUUCGACUCCGUCUCGCCGCCACACAGCUGUGGCCUCUACUCUGAUAAGUGCCGAUAGCACUCUCUCUAAUUAAUGCUGCGACUUGCACUGCGAAGAGUUUCAUCAUCAUCAUCAUCAUCAUCUUCUUCUUCUUCUACAGCCACCGUCGUUAAUUCUUCUUCUCGGUUCAUUACCGGUUCGGCUUCUAAACCAAGCCUAUCAAUAUGGAGGCGAAAGAAAGAAUUGGGUAAAGAAGGUCUCAUCAUUACCAAAGAACUCAAGAGACUCCAAUCCGACCCGGUUCGUCUCGACCGGUUUGUCCGGUCCAAUGUUUCUCGCUUGCUCAAGUCUGAUCUUGUCUCUGUCCUUUUUGAAUUCCAAAGACAGGACAAUGUCUUUCUCUCCAUCAAGUUGUAUGAUAUAGUGCGCAAGGAAAUAUGGUACCGGCCGGACAUGUUCUUUUAUAGGGACAUGCUUAUGAUGCUUGCAAGAAACAGAAGGGUGGAUGAAACAAAAAGGGUUUGGGAUGAUUUGAAAAGAGAGGGAGUUUUAUUUGAUCAGCAUACAUUUGGAGACAUUAUUCGAGCCUAUCUGGAUAGUGGAAUGCCCUCAGAAGCCAUGGACAUAUAUGAAGAAAUGAGACAAUCUCCUGAACCACCUCUCUCAUUGCCUUUCCGCGUAAUAUUAAAAGGACUCAUUCCAUAUCCCGAAUUAAGAGAGAAAAUAAAAGAUGACUUUUUAGAGACUUUCCCGGAUAUGAUCAUCUAUGACCCUCCUGAGGACUUGUUUGACGAUCACGAGAAGCACAAGGAUGGAGCUGAUAGUGAAAUUUAUUGAGUCCACGUUGGAUCUUAAUACCCCUCCUUACUUAAGAACUGGACGUUUGGAGCAUGAACAAAUAUGAGUUAUUUUGGCUCAAUAACAAAUUUAAAUUAGACUCUGAUACCAUAUUUGAAUUUGAGCAAAGCUAGCUUUGAUGCCUCCGACACCAUUAUAUGCACUAUGCUGUAAAAAAUUAUUGACAGAGAUAAUUAAGUUUGCAGCAUAUUUUUAUAUACUGAUGCAGACUGAUGUCAUGCGAUGUUGAAACCUGGUAGCUGCUGUUUCGAGUAACCUCAGUGUUCUGUUUUCCAUUCGAUGUUCCAAUCCUGCCUCUCUCAUCAUUGUACUUGAACCAUUACAGUAUGAAUGAAUAUUGAUAAUUUAUCAUGGGAGAAUAAAGAUUUUCUUGUGGUUAAUUUAUCAUGGCAGGAAGGCUUAUUUACACUUAGGUGAUCCCUAUUGUUAUCAUUAUAGAGAUGUCCGUGAGAACACAUUGCAUGUAUUACGUGACUGUCAUGUAACUAUGGGAAUGUAGCUAAAUAUUCUAAGUGUUUAAAGUAGACAAAUUUUCUUUGACAGUAAUCUUUAUGAUUGGAUUAACUUGAAUCUAAAGAAGAAUGUUAGUUAUUUGUGGUUUUUCAAAGUAUGCAGGUUACGGAACAUAUUUGGCAGAAUUAUGGGGAGAGUUUUUGAAGUUAGCUUAGUCUCGUGGAUACAAACGAGUUUCAUGGGGAUUCAAAAGUGAAGGUUCAUAAUUUGAACUCCAAAAACAUUUGGAUUGUUGCCAGUAGUAUAUUGAUCCAAAACAGUGUGAAGAUGCUGAAAUUAGAUUGGGAGAUUAGAGUGUCAUUCUU